UUGAUCAUUUUUUGUUGAUUCCAAAUCAUUUCUUCCCAACUCAUUCAGACUUCCGAUCGUGUUUAACUGGGCGCUGUCGAAAAAGUUAAUAGACGCUAGAGCCUUGUUAUGAGACCUAUAUUACAGGAAUACUAUGAAAGCGUAGUAAGACCUUUGCUUAUUAACAAAAUUAGACCGAAGGAUAUUGGAAAGAUUCCACGCUUAUAUCAGUGCAUUCUCAAAACGGGAGUUUUACCUCCCGGUGUACCUAUGGCAAACCAAAUGCUGGCAAUGGAGUGGAUCGGACAAAAGGAUGCACAAAUUAUCAGAAAAAUGUUAUUUUUGUCUCUCAAAGGCGAACGAAUGUACGAGUUUUUGACACAAGGUGUAGUUUUCUCAGCUUUCAAGAGAACGCCGGACAAACAGUUGGUGAUACCUGACUUGUACAGUUUUCCACAGCUGAAGUUUCACAAGAACGAGAUUGGUUCCUUGGCUCCAGUUUAUGUUGACUUAAAGAUAGAAGGUCUUUAUCCUGAAUUGCUAACGGAAAGUUUGAAGCUAGGUCCUUCCGGCCUCAAAGAAUAUGUUCCCGAGUUGUUGCGGAUUCAAAUUGCCAAGGCAAAAUAUAAGGAAGAGAAGAGAAAAGCUAGUGCAAGUUCGCCGAAAAAAUGAAAUAUAUAUAUGUAUAGAAGUUUGCAAUAACUGCACAGAGCCCUUACAUGAGAA